UAAAAAAAAAAGCAAUCUUUGAAAUAAUUGUUUCUAGUCAUUGAGUAUUUGAGAUAUUUUUUUAAAAUGAUGUCAACUGAUCAAAUAUUUUGUUUUCUGGUUUUCGCUCUUUUCGUGUUUACCACAUGUGUGGAAAUUAAUACAGAUCUUUUAAGGUGUGGAGACUGUACUGCUGCUAAUGUGAAUAAAUGCAUUAUUGAAAAUGAUACGGGAUACUAUGUUUACCCAGAAAGUGCUGACGCAUCUUUUACUCGGACAAAACAAAGUGAUAUUCCUCGGGGAACAUCCAACUUCAGCGUGUGCAUUCCCAAAAAUAUGAAAAUUGAGGCUUUUGAUGGAGUUUUUGAUUAUAUAUGUGUUUGGUCACCAGAACUUGGUUGUCAAAUUUUAUAUCCUAAGUACACUAGAAAACCAGAUUGCAUUAUGUGCCGGAGUAGGGAUGAUACUGGAGAACCGAGCUGUAUGUGUACGGUUCCAAAAAUAGAAUAUAUUAGUGAGGGAAAUUCGAAGUCGGGAUCAAGGAAACUCUACGCCGGCUUACUGCAUAUUAUGAUUAAUGCAUAUUUUGUGCAGCAGGCAACAUAUUUAUGGGACUAAAGCAUGAGGACAAAAAUAUAAAUUCUAAAACAAAUUGCCUUCAACCUACUGUAGACAUCCGCAAAAACUUUCCAAAUUCACAAGCAAAUACAAUAAUAAAACAAUGUUUUUUCGGAAUUAUUCAAAUUCACAAAUAAAAACAGCAACGCGAAUUUUUCAGAGAUUGAAUGGUCCGAUUGACCGUUUGCAAGGGUCAAGGAUAACAAUCCUUAUGAUUCAUUAUAUAAAUUGUAUUAUUUCCAUGGCUUGAAACUUUUUUGCAGUGCCUCAUUGCUGUUACUGUUGGAGUCUUUGCGCAGGUUCUGGUUUUGGCCUGGCCAAAAACUCGUGUGUGUAGCCGCCAAUCACAAUUACUCGGGCUUGUGGCAGAGCAUUUGCAAUCGCACAGUGGAGCUGAUUUUGGCUCGCAGACACAGAUUGUGGGAGCAGCGACCGGAGGGGGACCCACCCACCUGUGUUUUUAUGUGCAAGGGGAUCGGAAGAAGACGUCUACAUUGAACACACACAGGCAAAACUCGACAGUGACAUUUUUGAGUAUGCGCUUGUGUGGGAGCUUUGUCUGGGUGAGUUCUCUUCAAGGAAUCGCGUAUUCCCUGCGAAUCAAGGUAAACUGAAUGGCGUCUGCCACAACUACGCAUUCUAAAGAACUCUAUCUACACAAUCAUGAAGAAACAGUCUAAACAGGAACUCGUUGAUUAUAACUAAAAAAUAUAAAAAGGCACCAUCAAAAUGAUCUCGAACCAUUCGGGAAAAAAUUGUAAAAUGGGCCUCAACUUUUCAUUGCUAUGGCUGAUAAUAAUCGUGCUAAAAAUUGUAAAACCGUCUUUUGAAACUAACUACGAAUACGUUUUGGAGGACGAAUCGGUAUUUAAUGAUUGUGUGGAUAAUCCCCCUGGAUAUUCAAAUAUUUCUGGACUGUUUGAUCUUACGCGUGUCAACUUUGAAAUGGGCCCAGAGGGAAUUAACGUAGAGGGCAAAUUAAUCUGUUCAUGGGACAUUCAGCCAACCGAUCUCAUUGAGGGUCGAGUUAGCGUCUUUCAUUUGGAUCGUGGUACUUGGAAACCGACCAUACUAAAUCUGAUGGUUAAGGAUUUUUGCAAAAUACAUCUCGACCCGAAGCAAUAUUGGUACAACGUUUAUCCAAAAUAUAUUAUCAAUAGAGAGGAAGCUAAAGAAAAAUGUUUCAACUACAUUGGAACUGAAUAUUUUUUUGAACCGUUUAUCUUGAAAAUGUAUUUUGGCGCAGGCUUGAAGAUUCCUCCUGGAAGAAAUCGUAUGGUAUUUAUUUUGGCAGCGAUUGAUGUGAAUAAUGUGAGACGUCCAAAUGGAAUUUGUUUUGAGAUAAAAGGAGAAUUUUUUAAGAUUUGAGAAAGCAAUCAACAUAAUAAGCUUUCUACACCCAUUACACUUAAACUUCAGUCUCAAGAAAUAAUUAUUUAUAGAU